GUAGCGCGCCGGCUCCGGUCGGCUCUGGCCGCUAGGGGGCGUGCGGCUGCGUCUCCCGGACUCCAGGGGAGGAGACAACCAGAGGCCACUUGCGGCGGCGACCGCAGCAGCGCUGAGCCUUUUCCUCGGGAUACCGGGCGGUGCCAGGCAGCGGCUCCUUCUCAACCUCGGCCCGGCCUUGGGCAAUGGAGGCGCAGCAGACACAAGGUCUGCUGGAAACACAGCCAUUGCACGAGACAGAUGAAGAAACAGUCACUGAUAUUGAUUUCACAAGCAUUAUUUCUGAAGAAGAGAAGGAAGAGUUAAAGAUUGAGCUAGCCAAGUUAGAGGAUGAAAUUUCAACUUUACGGCAAGUGUUAGCAGCCAAAGAAAAGCACCUGGCAGAAAUAAAACAAAAGCUUGGUAUCAACCUGAUGAAUGAGCUGAAACAGAACUUUAGCAAAAGCUGGCACGACGUACAAACAACUUCUGCUUAUAAGAAAACACACGAAACUCUGAGCCAUGCAGGACAGAAGGCAACAGCAGCUAUCAGCAAUGUAGGAACAGCCAUCAGCAAGAAAUUUGGAGAUAUGAGGUCACAUUCGACUGGUUACUCUAUUCGGCAUUCCAUAAGUAUGCCUGCUAUGAGGAAUUCUCCAACUUUCAAAUCAUUUGAGGAGAAGGUUGAGACCACUAUCACAAGCCUGAAGACAAAGGUUGGAGGGACAAGCCACAGUGGGGGGAGUUUUGAAGAAGUUCUCAGUUCUACUGCCCACGCCAGCACUCAGGGCUCUAUCACAGGCACUCCGCUUCCUGAGAACGACGAGGAGGAACUUCAGUGUUAGACUGUAGCCCCUUGUGGCCAGCUGUAUCCUACCUGGUAAGACUUAGCCCCAUAGUCUUUUCUAUGCUUCCUUUCCACAGCCAGCUUGAGACAAUGGCUUUGUAACCUCUUGAAAACGGCCUCACCCCUGUGAUACUGUGGUCAUUCUUCCAAAUGUAUUGGUAUUUUUACCAUUAAGCAUUUUUAUACUCCACAGAAAUUGCACACAACUUCUUAAUGUUCCAAUUUCAGUUCUUGCUUUAUGGUAUUUUUCUCUCCACACCCCUGGUCCAGUUGUUAAUUUCUUUCUUUCUUUAUUUAAUUAAUUAAUUAAAGGACUGAAUGUGUGUUUAGUAUGCAUGUUUCCACUGAUGAUGUAACCCCUCUCAGUGUCAAAGCAGACAGAUGGGUCUAGGACUGUGCAAGGAUUUCUGUUGCCAGCAAUAGCCUGUCCACCAGCUGUCCACCAAAUUAUACUAUGCCCUUUACUGAGAAGCAUACAGACAUGACCUGAGCUGCUUAAGGAGUCAAACAGAAUAAUUUGUUGUUAUAGUGGAGCCUCUAUUCCUUUUUCACUUCCACAGUCUGGCUGUCUUUGAAUUUCCUUUCCUAAAGAGGAACCUAAUUAUUCAGAUGCAAACUAAGUUGAUCACAGUUACUGUCCCACAGCAGGAAACACUGCAGUUGAAAAACAUGUUCUGUUACUUGCUGUUAAGACUUUUGAUGCUGGGAACCAAUUUCAGUAUUAAACCCAAAACACAAACUGUACCUGUUUGCCUUCAUAC